GGAGCCGGGCGGGCGGCCAUGGCGCGGGGCGCGGGGAGGUAGCCGGGCCGGGCGAGAGGAGCGCAGGGGCUGCCAUGGCCCGGCGGCGGCGCCGCGCCUGCAUCGCGCUGUUCCUAGUGCUGCUCUUCGCCUUCGGCACCCUCAUGGGCCUGCGCACGCUCAAGGCUCCGGACGGACUCCCGGCGCUGGGCCCAGGCCUGGAGCUGGCGCCCUUUGAGCGACGCCCGGAGGGGGCCCCCGCGCCCGCAGCCCGCGCUCCGGCCGCCCCAGCCGCGCCUCCCCCGCCGCCGCCGCCGCCCCGCACGGCCGACCCCGGCAGCUCUCCUGGGCCAGCCCCCGCGGAGGCCGAGCCCGCCCCCGGGCAGAGUCUGCGCGUCUACUCGGACCUGCACGCCUUCUACUACUCGUGGUACGGGAGCCCGCGGCGCGAGGGCCACUACAUUCACUGGGACCACGUCAUGGUGCCGCACUGGGACCCCAAGAUCUCGGCCAGCUACCCCCGCGGCCGCCACAGCCCCCCAGACGACUUGGGCUCCAGCUUCUACCCGGAGCUGGGGCCCUACAGCUCCCGGGACCCCGACGUGCUGCGGGAACAUAUGACCCAGCUCAAGGAGGCAGCCAUCGGAGUCCUGGUCCUGUCCUGGUACCCACCUGGCAUGGCUGAUGAUAAUGGGGAACCCUCAGAUGACCUGGUGCCUGCCAUUCUGGACACCGCCCAUCAGUUCAACAUCCAGGUGGCCUUCCAUAUCCAACCCUACAAGGGCCGAGAUGACAUCACUGUACAUGACAACAUCAAGUACAUCAUUGACACGUACGGCUCCCAUGGUGCAUUUUACCGCUAUAAGAACAGCAUGGGCAAGAGCCUCCCGCUCUUUUAUAUCUACGACUCAUACCUGACGUCCCCUGAGGCCUGGGCCCAUCUCCUGACACCAAAUGGGCCCCACUCAGUGCGCAGUACUCCCUACGAUGGGGUCUUCAUAGCACUGCUGGUGGAGGAGAGCCAUACUCAUGACAUCCUGGCUGCAGGGUUUGAUGGCAUGUAUACCUAUUUUGCCUCCAAUGGCUUUUCCUUUGGCUCCUCCCAUCAGAACUGGAAAGCUGUGAAGAACUUUUGUGAUGCCAACAACCUCAUGUUCAUUCCCAGUGUGGGACCUGGCUACAUAGACACCAGCAUCCGGCCCUGGAACAACCACAAUACUCGAAACAGGGUCAAUGGCAAGUACUAUGAGACGGCCCUGCAGGCGGCCCUGACAGUGAGACCUGAGAUUGUCUCCAUCACCUCCUUCAAUGAGUGGCAUGAGGGCACCCAGAUUGAGAAAGCCAUUCCCAAGAAGACACCAACUCGCCUGUAUUUGGACUACCUGCCUCAUCAGCCCAGCCUAUACCUGGAGCUGACCCGCCGCUGGGCAGAGCACUUCAUCAAAGAGAAAGAGCAGUGGCUGAUGUGAAGGGCCUG